GAUAGUCUCGGCGUUUGGCUCCAUUCUUAUUUCAAACCUGGUUCAUUUUGUUGCGGAUCCUCGAAUUCGCUUGAUCGUUGUCAUACUUGUUAUGCCUCAAGCUCGCGCUGGUCGCUUCAGCUAGCCAUUCGUUUCAUAUCUUGGCAAUUAUAUAUAAGGCCUCGUGCCUAUUUUAUUCAGUUGAAAAGGCAAGUUAAAUUAAGCAGCUCUACGAAACUGUAUAGGUGCCUUGGGAGGUAUAUAUUAAAACUGUCUUCAACCCGAGUACACGGUCCAAUCCAUUUACACAACUCGCCUAUUUAUAACUAUAAAAAUGUCAUCACCCCUUCAACUAUCUAUCCCUAGCCGGAUUACGGCUUCUAAUCUCCCUCUUUUAAAAGAGGAUUCCUCGAAACCGCACCCAGAACCCGGUGUAGAAGUGCUCGUCGAUAAACUUGAGCUGGAGCCUAUUCUGGGAGGCGCUCUGAAAAGGGCUAGAAUAGCAUCCAGCAAGAAAUUGCCAACUAACAACGAUGGACACGGCAAUCUACAAUUAGACCCUGUGCCGGGACUCGGAAUCGUGCUUCCUGGUGGUCUUAACAUGUACUACCUAGACAUUGCCCCCAACACAGAGGGCGCAGUUCACCGUACUACGUCUACUGACUAUCUUGUGGUGCUGAGCGGGACUUUAAGCCUGAUAACGCCUCCUGACUCAUUUGACAUCGUCGACGGGCGUGGUACGUACGGCGAGCUUGUCGAAACGCUAUGCAAACCAGGUGACGUCGUACUUCAGCGCGGAAUAAUGCAUGCCCUAUCGAAUCGUACCAAUGAAUGGGUCCGUGUCAUCGCCAUGGUUGUAGCUUCGGAAACCAACCGUGUGCCAACCGUGGGAUCGGGUCACGGGGACCAGGCAAAUACUAUAGUUUUGAAUGACGAAUGGCUUCAGUAGACCAAUCGGGGUCUAAUCGGCCGGUAGGUGGACGGCGCGGUUGCGGUGGUCAUUCUAUUUCUCACUCAUCUCGGUCAUCUCGGGUGAUGGUGUAAUCAGAAAAAAAACCAACUCGCGUGCCUUGUUCGGUUACAUGAGGCUCGAGGCGUGUAGGGCGGCCAAUCACCGAAGGAGACUCUCCCUGGGCUACCAUGAGCCUCAUCGUUGACUGCCGGUGUUACCAUAGACGAUCCUCAACGAUCCUCACAAGACGCUUCUUUUUCCCAUCUUUUCGCCUAAGCGGUUACAUAGAAGUUAGAAUAAUAGCCUUAUGGGAAGUGUUUGUAGCUGAAAUCUCCGCCGUAGAGCUCGGCAUUCCCAUUUUCCGCCUAACACAGCGUUCGAUACGUAUAGUGAAGGAGAC